AUGUCAUCUGCUCGUGGUAUCAUUGAUGAGGUCCCUGAGACCCCACAGCCAAAUGCAAUAGAGCGCCCAGAGGACGAUGCUUCUUAUUCGUCCCCAGAGAGUACCCAUGAAGCCGACUCGGAUUACCGUUCUGGAACUACCCCUGUGAAGAGUCCCCCCCCAAACAAGAAAAGGCAGCAUAGUGCGAGCAACGAACAAACUGGCGGCUCAAGUGCCAAACAACCAGCUCGCCAAAACAAGAAGCAGAAGGAUGCCCAGACGAAGCGAGGCCAGAGCUCGGGUGUAGGACCUGGCGAUGGUCAAUCACCUCCCAAACGGAUCAAGAUCAAUACCGGCAAGAGCAUCGAUCGAAUUGUUGAAGAAGCCAAAGGCGGAUUCAACAAGCUGACUGAGGUCAUCAAAGACCAGAGGAAAGAGAUUGAAGCCUUGAGGAUCCCUGCCUCGAACUAUCUCGUUGCGCAACUGAAUGAGGAAAUCCAGGAUCUAAAGUGUAAAAACCAACAACUACAGAUCCAAAGGGACGACCUUCGGGACAUUAUCCAGAAGAUAGGAGAAGACCACGAACUUCUUUCUAACCGACUUGACAAGCAACGAGACAAUUAUCAAAGAUACUAUGAUGGUGAGAUCUCACGACAAUGGACACGAUUGGCAGGUGCUAUUCAGAAUCUGUGCGUACUCGAGCUCAAGACACCACCACCAAAGGAGGCCAGCGCAGACGAGCCGAAUUUCAUGGCCCUUAUCAGAGAGAACCCUGGCAAGACGCAUCAAUUUCUGCAGCGAUUUGUUUGGGCCGGACUCUAUAGAGCGAUAUUCCGAGGCGCCGGUGGGAUUUGGUGUGGAAACAUGUCAUCUGCUCUCACCAAGUGGCGACAAGCUGUCACUGAGCAAUGUAUCAGAGAUCCAUCUAAUGGCCGAACUUAUGCGUGGGUCAAGUCUGAGGCAGCACAUGAACUCUUCGACAUUUUGGGGGUUGAUGUUGAGGCCAAGACCCGCCUCGCCGAUGAGAUUGCAUCUAAGAUUAUGCCUCUUGCUACCGACGACAAGGAGGACUCCUGUAAGAACCAGCUCAUGAACAUUAUCGACAAAGCGAUUGAUCUCCAGACGAUCUUUAUGAGAUCCAAAGCCCUGUUCAUCGUGAAGCUCAAUGAUCCUGCUGGACUAGCUGAGGAGGAGAUUGAUCGAGAAUACUUUGGGCCUGGAGCCCCAGGCGAGAAACCUUAUACGGUAACUCCGGUUCUGGUCAAAAUUGGGAACGCAGAUGGCCAUGAUGACAGCUACGGUACCCGAAGGGUGGUUUAUCAGGCACGAGUUAUGGCGAUCUAG